GACGUCAGCGGCCCGGCCCUAGCAACCGUUGCCUAGCGUCCGGAAUGGAGGCGCCUGGAAACGUGGCGUUGUGAAGAGAGAGUCGGAGAAUAAUUUUCAAGACCCAAUUAUGAGUGAGCAAAUUAAAUUCAUUGUGGAGAAGCUCAAUUCGGAGCCCUUUAAGAAGAACUAUAAUUUAAUCACAUUUGAUUCCCUGGAGCCAAUGCAACUAUUACAAAUUCUCAAUGAUGUUCUUGCUGAGAUUGACCCAAAGCAAGUCGUUGAUAUUAGAGAGGAGAUGCCAGAUCAGACAGCCAAACGGAUGUUGAGCCUUCUUGGUAUCCUUAAGUACAAACCUCCAGGAAAUACUACUGACAUGAGUACCUUUCGUCAGGGUUUGGUAAUUGGAAGUAAGCCUAUAAUUCACCCGGUGUUAUACUGGCUUCUUCAGCGAACCAACGAAUUGAAGAAAAGGGCAUAUCUAGCGCAUUUCUUAAUAAAAGUGGAAGUGCCAGCUGAGUUUCUUCAAGAUGACACUGUAGCUGACACCAAUAAGCAGUAUGAAGAAUUGAUAGAAGGUUUUAAAACCUUACAUAAAGAAUGUGAGCAACUGAAGGCAUCUGGAUUUUCUACAGCAGAAAUACGAAAGGAUAUCACUGCAAUGGAGGAGGAAAAGGACCAGCUCAUUAAGAGAGUAGAACGUUUGAAGAAAAGGGUGGAGACCGUGCAGAAUCAUCAACAGAUGCUUAAAAUAGCCAGACAACUUCGAGUCGAAAAUGAGAGAGAAGAGUUUCUAGCCCAGCAGAAACAAGAACAAAAGAAUCAGCUAUUUCAUGCAGUGCAGAGACUACAAAGAGUACAGAACCAACUGAAAAAUAUGCGUCAUGCUGCAGCAGAUGUGAAACCAGAAAGCCUAAUGAAGAGAUUGGAAGAGGAGAUAAAGUUUAAUACUUAUAUGGUUUCUGAAAAAUUUCCCAAGGAGCUAGAGACAAAGAAAAAGGAAAUUGAUCUCUUGCAAAAAGUGGUUGCAGAACCAGCUAUGGGCCAUUCUGAUAUCCUUGAACUAGAAACCAAGAUAAAUGAGGUCAACACACAGAUUAAUCAUCUGAUUGAAAAGAAAAUGAUGAGAAAUGAGCCAAUGGAAGGGAAACUUUCACUGUACCGACAACAGGCAUCCAUAAUUUCUCGUAAAAAAGAAGCCAAAGCAGAAGAGCUUCAGGAAGCAAAAGAAAAAUUGUCCAAUUUGGAGAGGGAGCUAGCUGAAAAGGCAAAUCAGACGCGUGAAUUCAAUGGCACUGAAGUAUUGAAAGGGGAUGAGUUCAAACGUUACGUUAGCAAGCUUCGAAGCAAGAGUACAGUUUUCAAAAAGAAGCACCAAGUAAUAGCUGAAUUUAGAGCAGAAUUUGGUCUCCUCCAGAGGACAGAAGAACUUCUGAAGCAGCAUCAUGAGACUAUUCAGAAUCAACUGCAAACAAUGGAGGAGAAGAAGGGUGUUUCUGGUUACAGUUACACUCAGGAAGAGCUGGAGAGGGUGUCUGCAUUAAAGAGUGAAGUGGACGAAAUUAAAGGACGGACACUGGAUGACAUGUCUGAUAUGGUUAAAAAAUUGAAUUCAAUGGUGACUGACAAGAAAUCAGCCUUAGCCCCAAUUAUUAAGGAACUGAGGCAACUGCGACAGAAAUGUCAGGAAAUAACACAAGAGCGUGAUGAAAAGAAAACCCAGUAUGACAGUUGUGCAGCAGGCCUAGAAAGUAAUCGGUCCAAAUUAGAACAGGAAGUCAAAAGGCUAAAGGAAGAGUGUAGUCAAGAAGAAAGCCAAUACCAUUAUAUAAAUUGCGUGAUUAAGAAUCUAGAAGUACAACUUCAACAGGCUAAUGAUGAGAUGAGGGCAUAUAUCUCUUCCGAUCCACAGGAAAAAAAAAAAGGCAUUAGGGAGCAGUAUUCCAAAAAUAUUACUGAGCAGGAAAACCUUGGGAAGGCUCUGCGAGAGAAGCAGAAAGCCGUGCGAGAAAGUCACGGUCCAAAUAUGAAGCAAGCAAAAAUGUGGCGUGAUUUUGAGCAACUGAUGGAGUGUAAGAAACGGUGCUUUCUCAAACAACAAACCCAAAAUCCUAUUGGUCAGAUCAUUCAGGAAGGAGGAGAGGACCGACUGAUAUUAUAAAGUAUGACAUUUCAUUUCAGCCGUGAGGUUUGCUUGCUCACAUUUGUCAUCUGUUAAAAACUCAUUUACAAAUUAUUCUUGCGUUACUGAUUGCCAUGAGUAAUCUUAAAAAUGGGAAACUUUUUUUGCUCUUUGCUUUUUUUAUUUUAAAAAUGGAGGCUAUUGUUAUCGAGGCAUCAGUUUCUGAUUUCAGGUAUGGGGGCAAGGUUGCGGUUGGGCACUAAGGGCAGACUCUAAAGCAGAUGGGACACUGGGAUAGAGUAUGGAGGGGGUGAGGCUUUGAAUGGGGAGGCCGCGACAGGGGUGCAAUUUGCAAGAGAGGCGUUUGAAGUACGAAUAUGUCCGGACGUCCCUAGUAAAAGGGGUUGAACUGUGACCCACCAUGGCACUGCUGGCCCUAUGGUUGAUAUCUGCCGGUCAUAUGGCGCAGUCUGACUCCGGCCAGAUGUCUAUCGCACAUGUCUGUGCAGUUGUGAGAGCGGGGUGGGUGCCGGUCCGGUGUGGACAUUGGGGUGGGUCCCUGAGGCGCUUGUUGGCCCAAGGCGGAGUCAACUCCGUUUAGACUCAAGACCAGCUAUGAUGAAGAGCCUGCCUUCCCCUACUGCGCUGGGCAGUGGCCACAGCACCUCCCGGCUCCGGGGUCACCUCUGCCCAACUUUGGAGGGAAUAAGCCUUUCUAUGGCCAGAGUACCCCCACAGGCCUGUUCAAGAAAGGGAAAAGUCAAACUGGAUUAUUAUUAUUUUUAAUAAAAUGACCAAAGGGCUUCUCAUUUCCCCUCUCCCCGGGGCACAGUCCUAGACCGCUGCAAUCCAGAGGAAUCCAGUGCUCAUGUCUCCUCUAGCUGCCUGGGUCAGGCCAGGCCCAGAGGGCCUAGGGGGGCCAGCAAGGAGCCACAGGGACUUUCCUGCCCUUAGGGGAAGGAAAAAAGGCCUUCUUCGCUCCAGAAGCCACUCUGGAGCCCAGGCUGACCAGAGGGGAGAUGGAGCGCGGUCACCUUAGCUCCUGCUAGAGUGGCUUCUCUGUCCUCUGGAGGGGCAGCGUGGUCCUUCUCAAGGAGUCGGGACAGAGCUGCCUGUGUUUUCACCCACCCCCAGGUCCAGUGGAGAAACCCCCCCCCCCCC